AUGGAAACGCUAUGUAGAAUAGGCACCACUGUGCUGCACGGGAUCCUGGACAGUAUCAAGGGCAUCACGGUAGUGUUCUAUCUUGACAAAGAGGCCAACCGAAAACUAUCCCAGCCCACCACAAAACCGCUACUUUCCGGAUCGGUUCCCCGCACGAAAGAAAGCUUAUCGUCGCAGCCCCGUACACCGUCAUCGAAUUCGCUAGUUUCGAAGCGCAUAGAAGAAUCCAAGGUGCUAAAGCGUGUCCUUCAAUGCUCGAUGCUAAACGGUGGAAUAUUUAUGCUCAGCAUCCUCUUUUUCGAGUAUGCCGUUCUACCCGGGUUACAUCUCUUCCUGUGGUAUCUGUUCCGUAACUCGACCACCAUGACAACCGUUUGGGGUUGGAUGCAACCGUCGCUUUCGCUGCUGUUCAACUCGUUCUGGGUAGCUCCACUGUUUCUGCUCAGCAAGAUCGUGAAUAGCCUCUGGUUUCAGGAUAUUGCUGAUUCGGCGUACAAGUUCCGCAAGGGUCGUCCGCAGCUAAUACCGAGCAUCAGCAAACUGAUCGCCGAUACACUGAUCAGCCUGCUGAUCCAGAUAUUAUUCUUGCUGCAAAGCACACUGGUAAAGUAUCUACCCGUACCGGUCCCGUUUGCCUGUAGUGCGAUCUAUAUGAUGCACAUGAGUCUGCUCUGCUCGCUGUAUGCGUUCGAGUACAAGUGGUUCAACAUGGGCUGGGAGUUGCACAAACGACUGACGUACAUCGAACAGAACUGGCCAUACUUUUUGGGCUUUGGACUGCCACUUGCCGUGCUGUCCGAGCUGCCCAACUCGAUCGUGAUCAGUGGAUGCGUGUUUUCGGUCCUAUUUCCACUGUUCAUUAUCAGCGCUAACGAGGCCACACCAAAAGUGGACGUAUGCGAAACACCACUUAAACUUUUCUCCAUUGUGGUUGCCCUUACCAAUGCAAUCUUCCGGGGUCGAACGAAACCCGGGAAAGCGGCCCUAUCGCAACCACUUACACCCGGCGGUGGGACGAAUGUGCGUGGGUUAACACCACCACUAUCGUCUUCAGCAUCCGCGUUUAUGUUUCAGCAACAGCAGCAGCAGCAGCAGCAACAGCAGCAACAAUUUCGACACCACAAUUCCCAAAAGCACCAUCAUCAUCGAUCGCACCAUCGACAGCCGUCGCCGUCCCCGUCGGCUGCUUCGUCCACGUUUGCCUCCGUUCAAACUGUCCAGCUGCAUCAACACCAAACUGUACUGAAUCGCCCGCUUAGGCGAUAG